AUGACUUUACAAGAGUUUACAAGUUUAUUGGUGGAUUAUAUAAUAAGAAGGAAAAUAAGUGGGGACCACAACGAAGGCGCAGAUUUUAGCGAGAAAAUAUGGACGGAUAUAAAGCGCCUGUUCGGCGAGUUAGCUACAUAUGUGGAUGCGAGAAGAUACCCCGAUACGAUAAAAACAAUAUGUAAGAACCCCGAAUUCCGGCCCGCGCAUCUUCAGGAUACCUUAAGUACAUUUAUAUGCAUGGAGGUCGGGAACAUAUUUUAUUAUAUGGAGGGAUUGAAUACAACAGGAACCGCACAGAGUAGUACGGAUCAAGGAGAAGGCGAGCUGUGGAACUACUUAAGGUGCAUCAUAGGCACCUGGACCCUCAUGAAGUUACAUGGCAACAAAUGUAACAUAAGAGAAAUCACGACACAUGUUUCAAAAUUCAUGGGUAUACUGGAGCACACCUUCAAAGCUGUAACUAAUAGACACACAUGUGCUUGGGUUAAAUUUGAGGAACUCAAAAUUGGAACACGGCUUAUGGGGGAAGCAAUGGAACAAUGGGUAACCGCAUGGCAGAAGCGACGUGCUAAAGUAAAAGUGGGUAAUGUAGCAGCUAGAUGUGGGCACCAUAAGAACACAAGUGCGGGAGGUGAUGAACAGGAGAAGGAGAAGGACGCAGGUAGUAUUGAAAUAUUGCGAAAUAAAAAUCUGGGAACUGUGAGGCAAUGGAUGGAUGAUAAAGAAUAUUUACCAAAGAGUACUGUGACGGCAAUAAUUGGGAAGAUACAGGAAAGUAACGACAACGAACAGGGUAAAAAGAUAUUGAACGCAGGUAUACAGGAAUGGGAGCAGGCAAGGCAUAACACAUCAUCCAAUGCAGCAGAGACAUCAGGAACACCAGCAGCUCCAUCGGGCGCGUCAGAACACGGUAAUACAGGUAAUGCAGGAGGCACCAGCACGCCCGCCACGGCGCCUACUGAUCCGGCAACAAAAAAGGAACCCACAGAGAAGGAGAAGGAGAAGAAGAAAGAGGAAGGACCACCAGCUAAGGUACCAGAAGUGCCGAAGACGGUUUCCCCGGACAAGAACACACCACAGGCAGGCAGCGGACCAGAUAGCAAGGGUAGGAAUGAUGAGGGGUUACCGGACGCCUUACCACAACCCCCAUCGGCCGCAGGGGCAGGUGGGCAACAACCAGGUCAGGGACCAGGACCUGGACAACAACCCCCACCUCCACCACCAACGGUGAAGGAAGGAGAAUCAGGAGUAGGAGGAAAAAAGGAGGACGUAGAAACAGUAGCCCAGACACCACCGAAGGGAGAUGCAAAAACUGAUGACGCUAAUACUCCAGCAGGUAAGAAGAUUGCACCAAAGUGUGAAGUUACCACGCAGACUCAAGAAUCUUCAGGUGUUGAUAAGAGCGGUAAUGUUCAUUCUGUGGCCGUGACCUUCAACAUCACUCCAACUGCGCCCGAAUGUUCAGGAUCUGGCACUUCAGGUGACCAGAAGCCACAGGAUACGGAGCACGCGGGAUCACAGGGACAACCAAAGGCAGGGACCUCGCAGGCACCACAGACGCCCUCUAACUCUAGUGCAGAUGAAUCGAAGGAUAGUAAGAACACAGAGGGCACGGUACAAGGAGGCGGCACGACAACUAGGCCUUCGGGGGUCGAUACGGACAAACACUGUACUCAGAAAGAUGGCAACCAUGAUUGUGAUCUCAAAUUAGCAGUACCGUUUGAACCUACCAUAAAACUCUGGGAUGGACACUUUGGAACAGGACCAACACCAGGUUCAAGGGGACAAGCUCCGCAGAAUGUGCAAGAUAAUGGUCCCUUCUUGCCCGACCUAACCGGCACGGUCCUUACCGCCACUACUCCGAUUCUCUUCUUCCUGUCCGCCGUCAUCGUUGCCCUUCUUGAAGUGCUCAACGAAUGUGAAGCAGCCGCGUGGGAUACGGUGAAAGACGACUAUUUGCAAAUACUCGUUGAAGAGUUUAUGGGGGGCAACAACACCUGUACAAGUAGCUCCGACGUCUGUACCCCAGACGACGGUUUAGCAACCCAGGAGUUAGCAACGGACCCUUGUCCACCGAAUGAAGACGACCCCGAUCCAUGGCGUUGUAUGGAAACUAUACCGUUAGCAACGGACACUUCUCCACCUAACGAAGAUAACCACGAUCCAUGCAGUGGUAUGGAAUCCAUACAGUUAGCAACGGACACUUCUCCACCUAACGAAGAGGACCCCGAUGCAUGGAGUUGUAUGGAAAACAUACAGUUAGAAACGGACACUUCUCCACCUAACGAAGAUGACCCCGAUCCAUGGAGUUGUAUGGAAACCAUACAGUUAGCAACGGACCCUUCUCCGCCUAAUGCCUGCGAUCCAUGGAAUUGUAUGGAAACCAUACCGUUAGAAACGCACCCGUGUCCACCUAACACAGACCACCCCGAUCGUUGGAGUAGUAUGGAAACCAUACAGUUAGCAACGGACCCGUCUCCACCUAACAACGACGACCCCGAUCCUUGGAGUUGUAUGGAAUCUAUACAGUCAGAUGCAGAACACAGUCGUGCCCCUAGUGUUCCGGGGGAUGCGACGUCCGCCUGCACCCAAUGGAUUCACUGGAUUGACCGCCACAAGCACCUAUUGCGGGAGUGCAUGACGCAGCCGUGGUUUAAUGCCCUCAAAACGGAAUGGAAACAAUACCUGCUUGCACACAUGGCGGCCAACGAAGACAACGGAGUAUACGGGCACAGUGUACUCGGUGAAGCGGCCACGCUGCCGAUGAAGAAACUGGACUUGUGGAAACAAUGGGUUUCCCAACAACAUCGGCAAAUGAGUAUGUAUAACGCGGAGGAGUGGUGCCAACAUUUGUUGCAUAAUGUAGAGGAGGCGACAGAAUCGCACACCGGCCACGCACCUAUAGUGGAAAACGACUUAGACGUGGAAAAUGUCAUGGGAGCAGAAGAUGUUCUAAGCGUGCGAGAUGUACCACGCACGCAACUGCAUAAGCAACCGGACAUGCAAAAAACGUUAACCGCUAAAAUAUGGAUACUGAUCCUGGCAUUAGUCAUAGAAGAGUGCGAGGUCGAAUGUCGUUUGCAGGAUAGGGAGUUAUAUGUGGAUGAACUCCUGGACAAGCUCUGA